AUGAGUGACAGCGGUAGCGACACAGAGCCCCUCGCAGAAUUGAGCGCCAGCGAUAGCGAUUCGUGGCAAGAUUCGACAUCCGACUCUGACACCGACCAGAGAAGUGGCGACAGCGACGAUUCUGCACCCGAGCUCAGUGAUGUGUGCACUUGGUGCCCUAUUGAUUGCGGUAUGGAUGAGGUACCGCCGCCAAGAUUUCCGUUUACUGGAUCACCUGGGAUGAAGGUAGACGUUGAGCACAAUGAUCCUUUGGCAUACCUAAAAUUAUUUCUCACAGAUGACGUCAUUGAAAAGAUUGUCACGGAGACAAAUCGCUACAACGAGCAGCAAUCCGCUACUCUGCAUAGCAAGUUUUCCAGGAAUAGAAAAUGGGAACCGGUGACUAAAGAGGACAUCUGGAAGUUUCUGGGGCUAAUACUUCUUCAGGGGGUGGUGGGGAAACCCCUGCAGAAAUGGUACUGGACUACCAAUAAAUUGCUGGCAACCCCAUUUUUUGGCACCAUCAUGUCCGAGUACCGAUUUUCCCUCAUAAUGAAGAAUUUGCACUUCACCAACAAUGAGGAAUUUGAUGAAGCCACACAUCCAGUGCCAAAACUCAAGAAGAUCUGGGAAGUAUACCAAAUGAUCCUAAAAAAUUUCCAGCAGGCCUAUGUGCCAGAUAGAGACAUCAGCAUUGAUGAAAGUCUGAUGGCUUACAAGGGACACCUCAGCUGGAUUCAAUACAUCGCAUCCAAGAGAGCACGGUUUGGAAUAAAAUCCUAUAUGCUCUGCGAGUCUGCCACUGGCUAUAUAUGGAAUUCCGUCAUAUACACCGGUAAAGGAACACAAUUCAACCCCAGGUACAGCGGCUAUGGGAUGGCAACGUCAUUAGUCCUUACACUGCUUGAGCCAUUGCUGAAUCAGGGGUAUUGUGUGACAACGGACAACUUUUACACAUCGCCUGAGCUGUACGAGUUUCUGCUAAAACACAAGACUGAUGGAUAUGGAACCGUUAGGGCCAACCGACGUGACCUGCCAUCUAUGUUUGCCAAGAAAAAACUGAAAACAGGAGAAAUAGUUGCCUGGCAGAAAGGAAAGAUGAUGGCAAUGCGUUGGCGUGACAAAAAAGAUGUGUGCCUAAUGAGUACAGUGCAUAACACCUCCACUGCCAUGGUCCACACAAGAGGUGGGAAAGAUGUCAUGAAGCCACAAAUUGUGAUUGACUACAACAACACCAUGGAAGGAGUCGAUUGA